UAAUGCACAAAAUUCACUAUUCUCAUCAAUAAUCUCCUUCUAAUACUCCAGGUUAGAGUUCAUCCCCAUCAUAGAAGACUUAAUUAGUACUCAAAUAAACAAAUAGAACUAUAACUUCAUAAGCAGAGAAUACAGUUUGUUAUAAAAAGAAAAGCAAAACAACUAUGAAUGCAGAAGUUGAAUUGAAAAAACAAAUAUAAGUGUAGAAUUAACAAUACAAGGAAUUAGCUUUAAAAUAUGAAUUAUCAAUUUAGGAAAUUUAAAAGUACUAAAUGAUGAUUGAACGCAACAAUUAAAAGCGAAAUCAUGAGAAAUAGCAAUUUCUAUCUGAAAUAUCUAUGUUAAAGAAAUAAUUAGAAUAACGUAGUAAAUCUCAAAUAGAUUUGCAUGAGAAUGGAAGUAAAUAAACUGUAAUAAUUGUUAUAGUUCUUGGACAUUUAGUUAAUGAAGUAAAUUAAAAGGCUAUUUUAAUGGAAUUAUCUGAAUAUAAGGAUAAAUGUAAACAAUUAGUAAACGAAUUAGAAACAAAGAAUCUUCAGUUAGAUUAGUAAAUUAUAUUAUUAAAUUUAAGUGUUACAAAGAAACUAAUAAAUACUCCUUCUUGUUAAGAAUUGCUUAAUUAAGUGCAAGAACUUACAAAAAAGUUGAAUGAACAAGAAAGCAAAUUGUUAUAAUAUGAAAUGCAAAUAGAAAAAUAGUAGUAUUAUAUUAUUUAAAAUUAGAACAAAUAAUAAAUCUAAAUUUUUAUUUAGGGGAGCAGAAUAUUUCAAUAAAAAGAUUUUAGAUGCUGAUAUAUUUAGUUCUUCAAGUAAUAUAUAAUCGACAGUAAACUAUAUUUUAAAAUUUAGAUGUCAAAUCAGAACGAAAACUCAUCCUAGGGAUUGUCAAGUUAUAUAAAGUUAUGA